AUGUCCUUCUCGUCAGCAAACAGUCUUGCAAGCCAACAGGCAACCUCCCACCGUGGUCUUGCUCGAGUUUCCCUGGACAGUCUCCACUUCGAGCACCCACUUGUCCUUGAGAAGCACAGAAAUGAGUCAUUAGAUAAUGUUCAACGAUUGGAGAAAAUCUUUGAGCGCAGUGGAUGUUUGAGGUUGCACGACGAAAAUAUUCUCAACGCAGUAGUUCGAGAGGACGAUCUUGCCACUGCGCUCAGUCGAUCCAAUCUCACAGCAGCGGCUUUGCGCAGAAUCAUUUCCGCCACUGAUGCGCCAGCCUUACAUUUGGAAAAGGUCAGCUGCCUUACAGGUCUCCAUCGUAUUCGCGCGGCGGAUCGCUUCCUGGAUCCCAAUGAUAAAUGGUGGACAGUCCGGCUCUUUUCCAAUGAUACUCCACAACCUGUCCUCUGUCACAUCAUCGAGUCGUAUGCCAACGAGCAGAAACCACGAGAUGGCGAUAUAUUCCGCAAGAUACGAUACUACCAUCGGGAAAAAGAUGCGGAAGCGGAGAAUCGCUGGUGGGCGCGUUUGGACAAAUCUAAGCCCAAAGAUCUUCGACAGCUUUUGAAAAGGCACAAAUUAGCUUCAGCAUUCGAUGCUCUCAUCGACUUCCCAGGUUUGUGGGCCAAAAUACAACUUGGUGCGCUGCAUCGACUGUUGACACUCAAGUGUGAUGAGGAAAUGAUUCGCUAUUUGAACCACGUAGCGCUUACUUGGACAACGAUACUAAAAUAUGAGAGCACCACGAUGUCGCCCUCGAUUGUAGAUGCUGUUACUGUCAAUCAUCUUGAACUGCUUGCCCCGAAUCAUUCAAAGAUUGACAGAGACCUAUUACUAGACCUGAUGGAUCGUCAAAUCCUUUUUCCGUCAGUUAUUGACAAUCAACAGCGUCGUGCAUUGGCAAGUAAUCUAUGUGCAACUAUCGGACUCAUCCCAUCUCUCUGGACCUUUUUCGAGGUCCUUAAGUACCUCGAGCCGAUGUGCGAGAUACUAAAGGAUCUCAUCGGUGGCAAGCAGAAGCGGACUAUACACUCUAGCUUAAUGGCAAACUACUACCCACCUGCUACUCCCAUGGUACAAAUAUCUGAUACCACUGAGGCGGAAAUUACUAUCCCUCUUAGUAAGGCAGAGGCAGCAAAGGUGUCAUAUAUUGAACUCUGGGCAUUCUGUGGCCGCCACUUUGAUGGUCUGACCGCAUUCACCCCUAGGAAAGAAAUAAAUGGCACAAAACCUCUAGUGAAGGGCCCAAAUUCAGUAUUAUGGCAUCAUCUAGCUAAGUUUGCGGUGUCGAGAGGCUUCAAGACUAAGCGUGCACAAGAACUAGCCGCCACAGACCCCUACACUCAGCUGGCCCGUGAGUAUCUUUACAAGGCGAAUCCAAUUUGUGCGUCUCCCAAAGAUAGCCAAGUCCGCAGGGUGGUGCAUGCAAGUUAUCCGGAGGUAAACAUUCGGGGGCCUGAAACUUUACCGGAGGCUCUUCAUAUCACGAAGGAGCGAAGGAGUGGUCGCACAUUUGAAAGUGAUUUAGAAUACGAUAAAAAGCUGUUGUUCCUUCCUCAUGUGUACGGGAGCGAUAAUCCUGAGGAAGCCUCGCUGAGACUUAGUCGUCGUUACUUGUUCUCGACCCUGUUUGGAAAUUUUCAACUCCAGCACGAAAUGCUCGGCACCCACAAAGCUAGCGCUUUUCUGAAUCUUGGAGCUGAACUGAUGGAACUUGAUACUACGAUUGAUUGUGGACCGGAGGCAGGAGCAUACACAGACUCAGACGACGAAAUGUCUCAAACCGUAGCAUCACAAGAACACUACCAGAAGAUGCUACUUGAGAAAGAAGAGCAAGUUCGGGAGCUGGAGCGCCAAAUCGAGGUGACUGAGUACGAGAAGAGCAAUCUAUUAUCAGAGAGAGACGCUUUAUAUGCAGAGCAGCAGAAAAACGCCGCAAUAUCGCAGCAGAUAACUGAUCUCCAGAGACGAAGAUCUGUCCUUGAAGGGGAAGUCAAUCAGGUUCGAGCAGAGAACCUUAGAAUAAAUCAACAAGCAGUAGAAAUCCGCAAUAAGGCCUCGGACCUACAGAGAAUGCUCCAGCUUGAGGGAGCUAACUCCAGCCGGGAACUGGAGGUGCUGAAACUUCGAGAAAGAAGUACGGGAUCUCAAGCCAGUAAUGUGGCCCAAACUAAGGGACGUCGCAAAGCUAUUAAAGGGCACGAGAAUCCUUUCAAAAUUAUUAAAAAGAAAGACGAAGAUCUCAAAGCUAUCAAAGAGAAGGAAGAGGCGGUAUCAUCAGCGUUAGUCUUAAAAGAGCCAACCUAUGAGGACAAGAUUCAAACGGCGUUGAGCGGAGGCGGUGCUCAAGAGAUCUGGAAAGGUCGCCUCCCAGUAAACAACCCUGUGUGUUUUGUAAUUGAUUCAGUAGAUCAGCAGGUAGGGAGAUUUAUUGGCACCGACGCGAGGAGAGCAACAAUAGAAGGGAAGUUCCUACCAGAUGUUUCGUCGUAUCUGCAGACGGGAUUCUGGGGUCCAAAAACUAUGCUAUUAUCAACUGAACAGCCAGCAGAAGAUCCCGCAAGUGCGGUAGGGAUCACUAAUACUAUGAUGGUUCCAUGGGAAGAAAUAGACUCUAGCGAGUCUGAGAUGGGCUUAGACAUGGAAGAUGAGAUUAAUAAUGCGGGGAUGAGGGAUAUAGGUGCAUGA